UUAAAUUAUUGGUGUCGUGUUCUUCUUCCUGCUUCAAUUCAGAGAAGAUGACGGUCGGAGCAGGCAUAUCGGUCGCUGAUCGGAACCUCAAUGUGUUUGGGAAGCCUCUAUUGACUGACCUCCACGACAAUGUUUUCGUCACUUCAUCAACCGGUGACGGGAUCAUCAAUGGCGCCUUCAUCGGGGUUCGAUCGGAUCAGGCUGGUAGCCGCAGAGUCUUUCCCGUCGGAAAACUCGAGGGAUUGAGGUUUAUGUGUGUGUUUCGCUUCAAAUUAUGGUGGAUGACACAGAGAAUGGGGACAUCUGGUCAGGAUAUUCCCACUGAGACUCAAUUCCUUUUAGUUGAAACCAGUGAUGGUUCACAUUUUGGGGAAGAUAAUGAAGUUGACGAUGGGUCUCACCAAUCUGCUCUAUACACUGUCUUCUUGCCCAUUCUUGAGGGUGAUUUUAGAGCUGUUAUACAAGGAAAUGCCAAUAAUGAGUUGGAGAUUUGCUUGGAGAGUGGAGAUCCUGCUGUGAAAGAUUUUGAAGGGAGUCAUUUGGUUUUUGUUGCUGCUGGAUCAGACCCCUUUGAUGUUAUCACCAAUGCAGUCAAGACUGUGGAGAUGCAUUUGCAGACGUUCUCUCAUCGCGAUAGAAAGAAGGUACUUUGGUUGAUUUCGUAAGAUGACUCUUUUGUAGGUAAUUAAUCGAUAAAUAUUACUCUCUUACGCAUCAUAUUUGUUCAGAUACCAGACAUGUUAAAUUGGUUUGGCUGGUGCACAUGGGAUGCUUUCUACACUGAGGUUACUUCUGAAGGUAUCAAACUAGGCCUUGAGAGUUUCAAGAAAGGAGGAAUUUCCCCAAAAUUUCUUAUCAUUGAUGAUGGAUGGCAAACAGUUGGUAUGGAUCCCAGUAGUGUUGAAGCUAAAGCUGAUAAUUCAGCUAAUUAUGCAAAUAGGUUAACGCAUAUAAAAGAGAACCACAAAUUCCAGAAAGGUGGUAAAGAAGGUCACAGAGUGGAGGAUCCAUCCAUGGGACUUGGUCAUAUUGUUACAGACAUUAAAGACCAUCAUAACAUGAAGUAUGUUUAUGUUUGGCAUGCAAUAACUGGAUACUGGGGUGGAGUGAGACCUGGAGUGGCUGAAAUGGAGCAUUAUGAUUCCAAAUUGUCUUUCCCGGUUUCAUCUCCAGGAAUUGAAUCCAAUGAAAAUUGUGGUGCUUUGAAAGCCAUUACUGAAAACGGGCUUGGUCUUGUGCACCCUGAGAAAGUUUUCAAUUUCUAUAAUGAAUUGCAUUCUUAUCUCGUGUCUGCUGGUAUUGAUGGUGUCAAGGUAGAUGUUCAAAACAUUCUUGAAACACUUGGAGCAGGCCAUGGUGGUCGAGUGAAACUUGCCAGAAAGUACCAUCAGGCAUUGGAGGCUUCCGUUUCUAGGAACUUCCCUGAUAAUGGCAUCAUUUCUUGCAUGAGUCACAACACAGAUGGUUUGUACAGUGCAAAGAAGACAGCAGUUAUAAGGGCAUCGGAUGAUUUCUGGCCGAGGGUUACAGCUUCACACACGGUCCAUAUUGCUUCUGUUGCUUAUAAUACUAUCUUUCUUGGGGAGUUCAUGCAGCCCGAUUGGGAUAUGUUUCAUAGCUUACAUCCAAUGGCGGAAUACCAUGGUGCUGCUCGUGCUGUGGGCGGCUGUGCUAUUUACGUCAGUGACAAGCCUGGACAUCAUGACUUCAAUUUGUUGAAGAAGCUUGUUCUUCCUGAUGGAUCCAUAUUAAGGGCCAAACUUCCAGGGAGGCCAUCAAGAGAUUGUUUAUUUACUGAUCCCACUAGAGAUGGAACAAGUCUUUUGAAAAUCUGGAAUCUAAACAAUUUCAGUGGGGUGGUGGGAGUUUUCAACUGCCAGGGAGCAGGGUGGUGUAAGGAUGGAAAAGAGAUCCUCACCCACGACGAGCAACCAGCGACCAUCACUGGCUUCAUCCGAGCUAAAGAUGUCAACUACUUGCCUCGAGUUGCAGAUUCUACUUGGGAUGGAGAUGCCGUUGUAUACAGUCAUCUUGGCGGAGAAUUGGUUUACCUUCCAAAGAAUGCAUCUAUCCCAGUAACAUUGAUAUCUAGAGAAUAUGAGGUGUUUACGGUAGUUCCUGUCAAGAAAUUGUCGGGUGGGGUUAGUUUUGCUCCUAUUGGUUUGACUGAAAUGUUCAACUCUGGGGGCGCGGUCAUGGAAGUAAAGUACGAGAUGGAGAAAGAAGGAAGCGUGUGGAUGAAGGUUCGAGGGUGUGGUGUGUUUGGAGCAUAUUCGACGAAAAGACCGAAACGGGUGACGAUGGACUCGAAAGAAAUCGAGUUUGGGUAUGAAGAGAAAAGUGGGUUGAUUAGUGUAAAAGUGAGUGUUCCAGAGAAGGAGUUGUAUUUAUGGGACAUCAAGAUUGAAGUGUGAAGAAGUAGAAACCCAUUAUUUUCAUAUCAGUAACGAAGUUUUAUCGUAAGCAGAUUGUAUCCAUCGAACAAAUAUAGGUUCGAUUAAGAUUGUAGUGUGAUCGAUCGUGUUGUAAAUCUCGAACCUUAUUCAAACAAAAGAUUCAUAUUAUAUGCGUUAAUUCGUAAUUCUGUUUU